AUGUCGCAAGUCACAGUUGAAACCCUCCCCGAUAUCCUCGCCGAUGACAUCAAAGUCAAGGUCGCCGGCGUUGACUGCGAUGGAAUCCUCCGCGGCAAGGUCAUGUCCAAGGAGAAGUUCCUGGGCAUCGCGCAGAAGGGCUUCGGGAUGAGCUCCGCCGUGUUUGGCUGGGAUAUGCAAGAUGUGCUCUACACGACCGAUGCGCGCAUUGCGCCCCCGGAGUCGGGGUAUGUGGAUUUUAUCGCGGUCCCUGAUCUGGAAUCCUUCCGGCGCAUUCCCUGGGAGGAUAAUAUUCCGUUCUUCUUGGUGCGCUUUGUGCAGAACGACAAGCCUGUCUGCGCGGACGGGCGGAGCAUGCUGAAGGGCCUUUCCGAAAAGCUGGCCGGGUCGGGUUGUCAGGCGAUGGCUGGAGUCGAGCUCGAAUUUAUGAACUUCCAAACUCCCUCCGAAGAUGGCUACGGCGCCAAUGCCUCCCAGACCCGCGAUCUGGCCGCCUUCCUCGAGAAGAAUGAACCCCGCGCCCUGCGGCCCAUCACCGGGGGUAGCUUUUCCUACAGCGCCACGCGACCGGUCGCGUUCAAGAAGUUUUUCUACGAUAUUUUCAACACCAGUGCCGAGUUCAACUGCGGGAUUGAGGGCUGGCAUACUGAGGGCGGGCCCGGGGUGUACGAAGCGGCUCUCAAAGUCUGCCAUGUAAACGACAUGGCCGACAAAGUGGCUCUAUUCAAGCUUCUCGCUAAAUCCAUCGGAAUCGAACACAACAUCACCCCCUGCUUCAUGGCCAAGCCGAUCCAAGGCCAACCAGGCAGCUCCGGCCACAUUCACGUGUCGCUCUGCGAUCUCGAAGGCCGCAACCUGUUCGCCCGGGACACCCCCGACCCCAACGCCCAGUGGCCCGACUCCGCAGGCCUCUCCGAUCUCGGCCGCCAUUUUCUGGCGGGGGUGCUGGAAGCCCUCCCGGACAUCAUGCCGCUAUUUGCGCCCACAAUCAACUCCUACAAGCGUCUCGUCGAGAACUUCUGGGCCCCCGUCAACAUCAGCUGGGGCCUGGAGGACCGCAUCGCCUCCAUCCGCCUCAUCACGCCGCCCGUGUGCAAGCCGGGCGCCACGCGGUUCGAGGUGCGCAUCCCCGGCGCCGACCUGCACCCGCACUACGCGCUGGCCGUGAUCCUCGCUGCGGGAUGGCGCGGCGUCGAGAAGAAGCUCGAGAUCUCCGUGCCGCCCAUGUCGGCCAUCAAGCCCGAGGACCCGCGGCCGACUAUGCUGCCCAACACGCUAGACGAGGCCAUCCGCCGGUUCAGCGCGCCGGGCAGCGUCGCGCGGGAGAUUCUGGAUGAUGAGUUCGUGGACUUCUUUACUGCCACGCGAGAGCACGAGUUGCGCGUGUGGCGCGAGGCAGUCACCGACUGGGAGUUCAAGCGAUAUAUCGAGACUGUAUAG